AAGUCUGUUCGCUGUACUAUGAAAGUCUCACUUAUGUAUUUGUCUUGCGCCAUGCUAUUGCUGCUCCUGUGCACAACGCAGGCGCAGCCGGUGCCUGGUGACGUUGCAGGUGCCGCCCAAGGUGGCAUUGCAAUGGGCGCCUCAGCGGGCGGAGGCGCUGGAGCUGAGGGUGAGGGAGCUGGUGGGGAGGCGCAGGGUGGAGCUGGUGCUGGCGUGAGUAUGGGUGCCGGAGCAGGUGCUGGUGCUGGAGGCGAAGCACAGGGUGCAGCAAGACGUUAACUAAAAAGAAUCGUUGGCGGCGACGGCGGUGGCGACGUCGACUUGAGGCACUUCCGCUCGAAAUGUCGUGCGUCUAAGUCACAGGUAAAUAUUGCAGUCUCGGGGGUGUGGAAAGUGUCAUCACGGAACUACACGUAGUGCCCAUGAACCAAUAAUUGCGGCAGCACUUCAAUGGAGAGACAACAACAAAUCGCUUGGCAGCUUUAAUACCAUUUAAUGCCGUUUUAUGAAACGCUCCCAACACACCGCCAAAAACAAUUGACGCCGCCGUUGACGUCGUCGUCGUCGUCGUUGCCGCCAUGGCAGUUGACGUUGCCGCCAAUGUUGAUGCCAAUCGCUGCCGUUGUUGAAACCGAAAUAGAAAAUUCAUCAGCAUUUGUUAAAAAUAUCAACCGAAUUUCCACAUAAAUCAAGUGAUCAAUAAAAACUACGGCAAAACACACACAUACA